AUUGUAUCAUCCUAAGAGGGGUGAAAGGUUGUGAGCAGAAGCUGCUGGGUGUUUUCAUGAGUCUGAGCUGAAGCUGAUUAACAUGUAUGGACAUGAGGCGAGUUCUCCCUCACAACUCACCCUUCUCCCUCUUGAAAGAGCAGGGUCUCAUUCAUCUUGGCAGCCCUGCUCCAGUCCAGCAGAGAGAAGAGCCACCCUCUGGCCCCUUGGGAGAAAGAACCAGAGUGGAAAAAAGCCAUCUAGGCUGAGAAGUGUCCCCAGAGUAAUCUGUUCCCACUGGCCAGACCCCUUUGCCUCCCACACUGGCCCAGACUUCCUGGGCUGGCGUCUGAUAUCUCACGGCACCCCGACACCAAUCUAGCCAUAAAACUACAGCAUGUCACCUGGAGGGUCUUUCCUGGCCAGUGGAACACUGAUUCCACAGGUGAGAAGUCACAGGCUUACGGAAGGAGGGGGCCGGUUUGGGGAGCCUGGCCACCUCGUGGGAACUGCGGCUAGAAUUCAGAAUUGGAGACUCUGGUCAAUUUCCACCUUUCUUUGACACAUGACGGAGGUUGAAAUCGGUCAUGGAGCCCUGAGAACAGCCUGGGCAAACAUUCAAAAGGUGAUCGAGGCUUAGGCAAGUUCCCCUGUCGGGCUCAGCUGCUGAGGCCAGGUACCCAGACCCUCAGCCUCCGAGGCGAAGUUCUGUGCAGGGGGCGUGAAGCACAGGCUUGAGUCAGGUAAAUUGGUUCCUACCCAGAUUCCAACCUGUUAGUGGCUGUUUUACCUUGAAUAGGUUAAUUUUUCUGCUAAUGAGGCUCGGUGUUCUAGGCCUGUAAACUCCGUUCUAUCACCAAUCACUGACUUGUAUUAAUGAUAUUACCAAACAAUCAAGUACCUUGCAGUGUCCAAACGUCAAUAAAAGACACUUUUAUUCUCUUUUCUUUCUCCUCCUGUUGGAAGACUGGUGGACUAUCUGCAGCCCUUUUCUCCAAAAGGCGGAAGCCAACCAGUUUGAGUGUAGCUGCUAGAGAGCUUUGUGCUGUAGCCCCAAGACGCAGGGACCCCCGAGACCAGGGUGAGGGGGGGGGACCUCCUGAUAGGCGAAGGCUUCCAUCUCACUUCCAUGGACUCCAGUGGAAUUAGUAAAAUCUCAAGCUUCUCCCCACUUCCUCCACAACCCCCCAGAUUCCUUCAGAGAAAUGAAGAGUUCAGACUUACAGCCCAGGUGCUUGGGUUUUAAAUUAGACAACUUUGUCCUGACAGGAACCGAGUCACAGCUGUCAUACCUGAUUAUUUUUAGAGUUACUACUAAACGCUUGGUGCUUGGUACGGUGUGAGCUGCCACUGCUCAAGGGAAACAGAAAAGAAUUCACAUUUCAUCACGACGGUGCUGGAGCCAUCCAUCUCCUCAUGUUCAUUAUUUCCAGCCUGUCUUUGGAUGCUGUGCCGCCUUGACAAUUCCAGGGCAAGGAAGGCAGACCCCAUGGCUCGUUACUGCACCCGAGAGAUGGGACGCUCCCCCACCUGAGCAAAGCCUGCUGCCUCCAGGAAGCCAAGGAGAAAUAUUACAGGGGAAGCGGCUGCUCCAGAGCCUUCUCUCAACGAACCAUCAUCCUGCCUGAGAAGCAAAGGUGGCCCUCCAAGGAGCCAACCAAUAAGAGCACCUGUAUGCAAAUGCCACCAGCACUGGCCUGGCCUGGAGGGGCCAGCUUGCCAGUGAUGUCACAAUCCCCUCUGACCCAACAAUGCCGCCGCCCCUGAAGAGGCUGUCCCUUGCCUGCAGUUCUUACAGAGAGAAAAAUUCACCGUCAGCAGAGCACCUUCUAAUUACUCCUGGAGUGUGGGGACAAAAGUCUCUGCUGUCCAAAUUACUGGAUCCAGAAAAAAAAAAAAAAAAUGACCUCAUGAACAUGGGAAAAGAAAUCCAGCUGAAGCCCAAGGCAAAUGUCUCUUCUUACAUCCACUUUUUGCUGAAUUACAGAAACAAGUUCAAGGAGCAGCAGCCAAACACUUACCUUGGCUUUAAAGAGUUCUCUAGAAAGUGUUCGGAAAAAUGGAGGUCCAUCUCAAAGCACGAAAAGGCCAAAUAUGAAGCCUUGGCCAAGCUCGACAAAGCCCGAUACCAGGAGGAGAUGAGGAAUUACGUGGGCGGGAAGAGGAAAAGGAGAAAGCGGGACCCCCAGGCACCCAGGCGGCCUCCAUCAUCCUUCCUGCUCUUCUGCCAAGACAACUAUGCCCAGCUCAAGAGGGAGAACCCAAACUGGUCGGUAGCGCAGGUGGCAAAGGCCUCGGCAAGGAUGUGGUCUACGACGACAGACGUCGACAAGCAGCCCUAUGAACAAAGGGCAGCUCUCCUGAGAGCCAAGUACCACGAGGAGCUAAGCGUCUACCAAAAACAAUUCAACGGCAGCAAGAAGAGCCCCCAAGGGGUGGCUCCGAUCCAGGGCAAAGGGUUGGGACAAACCGAGUCAGACAUAGCUGAUGGCUCCAAUCAGAAAUAAAAUGCCAUGCAACAGUA